CAAAAGCAUAUCAAAAUCAUUGGUAUUGCAAAAAGCUCCACUAUAAUAUAUCUUCCUGAGGUUUCUCUCAUCAGCUUGAUUAAACCAUGGCUUACAUCAAUUUAUCAAAAAUCAUUUUUCCAUUAAUGAUUCUAGCUAUACUGUCAGCCAAGAGUAUUACAAUGGUUGUCGGGGCACGCAAUCUUCUAGAGUCGAACAUACCUGAGGUUCCAAAACUUGAUUUUCCACCUAUACCAAAGCCCGAGCUUCCUAAGAUUCCUGAAUUACCUAAGCCAGAAUUGCCUAAGGUACAUGAAUUGCCAAAGCCAGAAUUACCUAAGGUACCUGAACUUCCAAAGCCUGAGCUACCUAAGUUUAAUGUUCCUGAAUGGCCAAAACCCGAGUUUCCCAAAGUCCCUGAGUUGCCGAAACUUCCCGAGUUGCCUAAGUUCCCUGAAUUGCCAAAACUCGAGCUACCUAAAGUCCCUGAAUUGCCAAAACUUGAGCUACCUAAAGUCCCUGAGUUGCCCAAGCCAUAUAUUCCUAAGGUACCUGAAUUGCCAAAACCUGAACUACCUAAAUUUAAUGUCCCUGAAUUGCCAAAACCCGAGUUACCGAAAUUUCCUGAAAUUCCUAAUGGUGUUCCAACUACUACUCCUUAAGUUUAAACUAAUUCCUUUCAUUGUAUUGUCUAAAGCUCAUCUUGUAAGAUGGGUGUGAUAUAGUCUAUACUAAAUUUUCAAUUCAGUAUUAUAUGUUGUAGACAACAACCAUAUGGGAGUGGUUGUUAUGGUUUAGCUUGAACCUUAAUUAUUAAGAUUACAUAUUACUUACUGCUUGUUGAUGGUCAUAUCCGUUAUGUAUAAAUGUUGUUGAAUUUAAUCAUAUUGUACUUUUAGUGAGAAACAUCAAGGAUUUUCAAAUUCUAAUGUUGUAUGA